AUGACUGCCGAAAGCGGGCCGCCGCCGCCGCCGCCGCAGCCGGAAGCCCUGGCGGCCGUGAAGGAGGAACGCGGUGAGGCUGGGGCUGGGGUCCCGGCCGAGGCAGCGGGACGCAGCGGGGGUGGGCGGCGGCGCAAGCGCCCCCUGCAGCGCGGGAAGCCGCCCUACAGCUACAUUGCUCUCAUCGCCAUGGCCAUCGCGCACGCGCCGGAGCGCCGCCUCACGCUUGGCGGCAUCUACAAGUUCAUCACCGAGCGCUUCCCCUUCUACCGCGACAACCCCAAAAAGUGGCAGAACAGCAUCCGCCACAACCUCACGCUCAAUGACUGCUUCCUCAAGAUCCCCCGCGAGGCCGGUCGCCCGGGCAAAGGCAACUACUGGGCUCUCGACCCCAACGCCGAGGACAUGUUCGAGAGCGGCAGCUUCCUGCGCCGCCGCAAGCGCUUCAAGCGCUCGGACCUCUCCACUUACCCAGCCUACAUGCACGACGCCGCCGCCGCCGCUGCCGCCGCCGCCGCAGCCGCCGCCGCCGCCAUCUUCCCGGGCGCGGUGCCCGCCGCGCGCCCGCCUUACCCGGGUGCCGUCUACGCGGGUUAUGCCCCGCCGUCGCUCGCCGCGCCGCCCCCGGUCUACUACCCCGCUGCGUCGCCGGGCCCCUGCCGUGUCUUCGGCCUGGUGCCCGAGCGGCCGCUCAGCCCGGAGCUCGGCCCCGCGUCGUCGGGACCCGCCGGCUCCUGCGCCUUUGCCUCGGCCAGCGCCUCUGCCACGACCACCGGCUACCAGCCCGCGGGCUGCGCAGGAGCCCGACCAGCCAACCCCUCCGCCUAUGCGGCUGCCUACGCGGGCCAGGACGGCUCUUACCCGCAAGGGGCCAGCAGUGCCCUCUUCGCAGCUGCUGGCCGGUUGGCGGGGCCCGCGUCGCCCCCCUCAGGUGGCAGCAGUGGCGGCGUCGAGACCGCAGUGGACUUCUAUGGGCGCACGUCCCCCGGCCAGUUCGGAGCGCUGGGGCCCUGCUACAAUCCUGGUGGGCAGCUCGGAGGGGGCAGUGCAGGUGCCUACCAUGCUCGCCAUGUGGCCGCCUAUCCUGGCGGGGUAGAUCGCUUCGUGUCUGCCAUGUGAGCCGAGCAUACCAUUGAAACUUCAUAGGUGCCUUGGCAGUUUACACAAAGUAUCCCCGAGACCUGAGGACAGGACUGGAGAGAGGGCCGAACUGCGAACCACAUAGAAGGGACCGUGGGCAGGAGAGGCGCAGCCUCCGAGUGCAUUGAGUACACCCCUGGUUUACUUCAUU